CCGCCCACGCCUCCGGAAGAGGAGCAUGGUGUAUGGAAGUACUGAUCUUCACGUGAGUGCGGCCGUGGGACUUUGACGUAAAAAGGUGCUGGCGCCGGGAACUUGGAGACCCAGACAUGGCAGCAGUAGAAGAAAGCUUUCCUCGAGGGGGUACAAGAAAGAUUCACAAAUCAGAGAAAUCUUACCAGCAGUCAGUUGAACAUGACAACUUAUUUGAUAUUUCCACCGAAGAGGAAUCCACCAAAAGGAAAAAGAAUCAGAAAGGCCCAGCAAAAACAAAGAAGUUGAAAAUUGAAAAGAGAGAGAAGGUCAAGUCUGUAAAAGAGAAGUUUGAGAUCCUUGGUAUCGAGUCCCUCUGUGAGGGAAUGCGCAUUUUGGGUUGCGUCAAAGAAGUAAAUGAGCUGGAACUGGUGAUCAGUCUGCCCAAUGGUCUCCAGGGGUUUGUGCAAGUGACUGAAAUCUGUGAUGCCUACACCAGAAAGCUGAAUGAGCAGGUGGCACAAGAAGAACCUGUGAAGGACCUACUCCACUUGCCUGAACUUUUCUCACCCGGAAUGCUGGUGAGAUGUGUGGUGAGCAGUGUGAACGUCACAGACAAAGGCAAAAAGAGCGUCAAGCUCUCUCUGAACCCCAGAAAUGUCAACAGGGUGCUGAGUGCGGAGGCCCUGAAGCCUGGCAUGCUACUGACAGGUACCGUGUCCAGCCUGGAGGACCAUGGCUACCUAGUGGACGUUGGUGUUGGGGGCACCAGAGCUUUUCUGCCACUGCAGAAAGCCCAGGAAUACGUCAAACAGAAGAACAAAGGUGCCAACCUGAAAGUGGGUCAGUACCUGCACUGCGUCAUUGAGGAGGUGAAAGGCGGCGGAGGAGUCGUUAGCCUGUCCAUAGAGCAGUCAGAGGUAUCUGCCGCCCUUGCUACCCAGGAGCAAAACUGGACCCUUAACAGCUUGCUGCCAGGACUGGUGGUCAAAGCCCAGGUACAGAAGGUGACUCCAUUCGGCCUCACCCUGAACUUCCUCACAUUCUUCACGGGCCUGGUUGACUUCAUGCACCUGGAUCCUAAGAAAGUUGGAACGUAUUUCUCACAUCAAGCGGUGAGGGCCUGCAUCAUCUGUGUGCAUCCUCGGACCAGAGCUGUGCGCCUGAGCCUGCGCUCCAUCUUCCUGCAGCCCGGGCGCCCACUCACGCGGCUCUCUUGCCAGCACGUGGGAGCUGUGCUGCAAGAUGUCCCUGUGCAGGGCUUUUUCAACAAGGCAGGGGCUACCUUCAGGCUGAAGGACGGGGCCCUGGCCUAUGCUCGGCUCAGCCAUCUCUCCGAUUCAAAGAAUCUCAAACCUGAGGCUUUCAAGCCAGGGAACACUCACAAGUGCAGAAUUAUUGACUACAGCCAGAUGGAUGAGCUGGCUUUGCUCUCCCUGCGGACGUCUGUUAUUGAAGCUCAGUACCUUAGAUAUCAUGAUAUCAGAAUUGGAGCAGUGAUCAAAGGCACAGUGCUGACCAUAAAGCCGUUCGGGCUGCUGGUGAAGGUGGGCGAGCAGAUGAGGGGCCUGGUACCUGCCGUGCACCUGGCUGACAUCCUCAUGAAGAGUCCAGAGAAGAAGUACCACAUCGGGGACGAGGUCAAGUGCCGGGUUUUAUUUUGUGAUCCUGAAGCUAAGAAGCUGAUAAUGACCCUGAAGAAAACACUGGUCACAUCCAAGCUGCCUGUCAUUACCUGCUAUGAAGAUGCCAAGCCUGGUCUGCAGACACAUGGCACCAUCGUCAGGGUCAAGGACUACGGCUGCAUUGUGAAAUUUUACAACGACGUGCAGGGACUAGUGCCCAAACACGAGCUUAGUGCCCAGUAUAUCCCUGACCCGGAGAAGGUCUUCUACACUGGCCAGGUGGUGAAGGUUGCCGUACUGAACUGUGAGCCGUCCAAGGAAAGGAUGCUCUUAUCUUUCAAGCUGCUGAGUGAUCAAGAGCCAAAGAAUGAGAGUGUGGGACACAGUCAGAAGAAUGAAAAAGUCAUCAGUGUUGGGCAGUUGGUGGAUGUGAAGAUUUUAGAGAAGACCAAAGGUGGGCUGCAGGUGGCCGUCCUGCCCCACAGCGUCCCUGCUUUCCUCCCGACACCUCACCUGUCGGACCACGUCGCCAAUGGCCCGCUGUUGUACCGCUGGCUCCAGGCAGGCGACACACUUCACCGGGUGCUGUGUCUGAGCCAGAAUGAGAGACAGGUUCUACUCUGCAGGAAGCCAGCUCUGGUCUCCACAGUAGAAGGCGGCCAGGAUCCCAAGAACUUCUCAGAGAUUCAGCCUGGAAUGCUGCUCCUGGGUUUUGUGAAGAGCAUCAAGGACUACGGCGUGUUCGUCCAGUUCCCCUCGGGUCUGAGUGGGCUGGCCCCCAAGGCGAUCAUGAGUGACAAGUUUGUGACAAACCCAAGUGACCACUUCGUUGAGGGGCAGACAGUGGUGGCGAAGGUGACCAAGGUGGACGAGGAGAAGCAGCGGAUGCUGCUGUCGCUGCGGCUUUCAGACUGCAGGCUGGGAACCUCCAGCAGCGCCAGCCUGCUCCUGCUGAGCCAGUGCCUGGAGGAGCUGCAGGGUGUGCGCAGCCUCAUGAGCAGCCGAGACUCUGUGCUGAUCCAGACACUGGCCGAGAUGACCCCGGGGACAGUCCUGGACCUGGCGGUGCAGGAAGUGUUGGAAGAUGGCUCUGUGGCUUUCAGUGGCAGUGCAGUGCCCGACCUGGUCCUGAGAGCCAGCAGGUACCAUCGCGCAGGGCAGGAUGUGGAGUCUGGGCAGAAAAAGAAGGCUGUCAUCCUCAGUGUUGACAUGUUGAAACUGGAGGUGCACGUUUCCCUUCGCAAGGAGUUACUGAAUAGAAAAGCUCGAAAGCUGAAGAAAGGCAGUGAGCACCAGGCGACUGUGCAGCACUUGGAAGAGGCCUUCGCAGUGGCCUCCUUGGUGGAGACCGGCCAUCUGGUGGCCUUCUCCCUGGCCUCUCACCUCAACGACACCUUCCGCUUUGACUCGGAGAAGCUGCAGGUAGGGCAGGAGGUCAGCCUGGUCCUCAAGACCACGGAGCCGGGAGUGACUGGUCUGCUUCUGGCCGUCGAGGGGCCUGCUGCUAAGAGGGUCCUGAGACAGGCCCGGAAGGACUCGGAGACGGUCGACGAGGGUGAGGACGAUGACCCGGCUCUGGCCGCAGGGCCGAGAAAGAAGCACACCCUGGCCAUCGGGGACUUGGUCACCGGGACCGUGAAGUCUGUGAAGCCCACGCACGCGGUUGUGACCUUGGAGGGAGGCGUGGUCGGUUGCAUCCACGCCUCCCGCAUACUUGAUGAGGUCCCAGAGGGCACCGCGCCUACUGCCGCGCUGAAGGUCGGGAAGACAGUGACGGCUCGAGUGAUUGGCGGGAGAGACGUGAAGACGUUUAAGUUCCUACCAAUAAGUCACCCCAGAUUUGUUCAAACCAUCCUGGAGCUGAGCGUUCGACCAAGCGAGGUGGAGCAGGCGGGCCACAGCGCUCUGGACACGUACUCAGCCAGCCUCGUGGGGAAGAUCCAGCAGUACCAGGCGGGUCAGACUGUGACUUGCUUCCUAAAGAAGUACAAUGUGGUCAAGAAAUGGCUUGAAGUGGACAUUGCACCAGACAUCCGGGGGAGGAUUCCCUUACUGCUCACGUCUCUCAGCUUCAAGGUUCUGAAACGUCCAGAUAAGAAGUUCCAGAUUGGCCAGGCAUUGAGGGCCACUGUGGUUGGCCCAGAUACCUCCAAGGAGUUCUUGUGUCUCUCACUCAUAGGUCCUCACAAGCUUGAGAGGGGAGAAGUGGCCAUGGGUCGGGUGGUGAAAGUGACGCCCCGUGAGGGCCUGACUGUUGCCUUCCCCUUUGGGAAGACGGGGACUGUCAGUAUAUUUCAUGUGAGUGACUCCUACUCUGAGACACCGCUGGAGGAGUUUGUCCCCCAGAAAGUUGUCAGAUGUUAUGUCCUGUCCACCGCAGACCACGUACUGACUUUGUCCCUGCGGUCGUCCAGGACGAACCCCGAGACAAAAAGCAAAGUAGAAGAUCCUGAGAUUAACUCCACGCAAGACAUUAAGGAGGGGCAGCUUCUGCGGGGCUAUGUGCGUUCCAUCAAGCCAAAUGGCGUGCUCCUGGGCCUUGGCCCCUCAGUGGUGGGUUUGGCCCAGUUCUCACAUGUCUCCCAGCGCAGCCUGGCCAAGAAGGACCUUUACAGCAAGUACCUGCCUGAAGGGAGGCUGCUCACUGCCAAGGUCCUGAGGCUGAACCACAGCAAGAACCUGGUAGAGCUGUCCUUGCUCCCCGCUGACACCGGGAAGCCGGAUGUGCUGUGCGUCUCCCCAGAGCUGCUGCUUCAGGAGACGGACACGAAGGGAGAAGAGGAGAGCCCGGAGAGGAAGGGAAAGAACCUGCACGGGCGGGCGGGGGAGCUGCCCAGCAAGGAGCAGGUGAAGGUGAAGAAGCCCGGCAAGCGGGAGCGCCCGGACUCCGGGGGCGCGCAGGAAAGAGUGAGCAAGAGGCAGAAGGCGGGCCCGUGGGAGGAGGACGGUGUGGACGUGUACUACCGCGAAGGAGAAGAGCAGAUAGCGGAGAUGCGGCUGCUGCCCAAGGGGACACUGACCAAGCCUGCAGAAGCGCCCCGGCUGCGACUCUCUUCAGGCUUCCUUUGGGACGUGGGGCUCGACUCUCUGACCCCGGCUCUGCCUCCUCGAGGAGAGAGCUCUGACAGCGAGGAAGAUGAGAAGCCACACCAGGCCACGCAGAAAAAGAAGAGCAAGAAGGAAAGAGAACUGGAGAAGCAGAAAGCAGAGAAAGAGCUGUCCCGCAUCGAGGAGGCUCUUAUGGACCCCGGGCGGCAGCCGGAGUCCGCGGAUGACUUUGACCGACUGGUGCUGAGCUCCCCCAACAGCUCCAUCCUGUGGCUGCAGUACAUGGCCUUCCACCUGCAGGCCACGGAGAUUGAGAAGGCUCGGGCUGUGGCCGAGAGGGCCCUGAAGACCAUCUCCUUCAGGGAGGAGCAGGAGAAGCUGAACGUGUGGGUGGCGCUGCUGAACCUGGAGAACAUGUACGGCUCCCCAGAGUCCCUGAGCAAGGCCUUCGAGCGCGCUGUGCAGUACAACGAGCCUCUCAAGGUCUUUCUCCACCUGGCUGACAUCUAUGCCAAGUCUGAGAAAUUCCAGGAAGCUGGUGAGCUGUACAACCGUAUGCUGAAGCGCUUCCGGCAGGAGAAAGCUGUCUGGAUCAGAUACGGCGCCUUCCUUCUGCGGAGGAGCCAGGCGGGGGCCAGUCGCCGCGUGCUGCAGCGAGCCCUCGAGUGCCUGCCUGCCAAGGAGCACAUGGAUGUCAUCGCCAAGUUUGCCCAGCUGGAGUUCCAGCUGGGAGAUGCAGAGCGGGCCAAAGCCAUUUUUGAAAACAUGCUGAGCACCUACCCAAAGCGCACGGAUGUCUGGUCGGUCUACAUCGACCUGACCAUCAAGCAUGGCAGCCAGAAGGAAGUCCGCGACAUCUUCGAGAGGGUUAUUCACCUGAGUCUGGCCCCCAAGAAAAUGAAGUUCUUCUUCAAGCGCUACCUGGACUAUGAGAAGCAGCAUGGCACUGAGAAGGAUGUGCUGGCGGUGAAGGCCAAGGCCCUGGAGUACGUGGAGGCCAAGAGCGCCGCGCUGGGGGACUAGUGUCUGGGGCCGCGCGGGGCCCAGUGCGGGCCAGCCCAGCUCUGUGCGGGCCCCUGGGCACGCGGGGACUUGCUUACAGCGCUGCUUUUUCUGCAGCACCCUUAGCGAGUUCGGUCAGGAUGAAAGAGAACCUGCGGUUGUGUGUUUGUACAUCCCCCCUGUUCGGUUUGUUUAUUGAGAGUGGGUGGUGCUGUGGAUGGACCCCAGGGCCUUGCACACUCCAGGCAAGUGCUCUGCCUCUGAGCUCCACGUCUGCCCUUCGAGGUUGAGUUCUUCUGUGUGGUUGUUUUAUGGACUGUUUUAUGUCAUCUUUUUCCUCUGAGCUUUCCCUGACCGAGUCUGAGCUAUCCGGGAGCUCUUCCAUGAGAAGGGACUGAGUUCUGUGCCCGGGAGCAGAGUGAGAGCAAGGGAGAGAGGACAGCAGGGGUGGUAGAUGUUGCGGGGAGCCAAAGGCGGGGCUGGGUACUGGACCGCAGGGCUAAUUCUGUCCUGCUGAAGGCGGCAUCUGCUGCCUCGUGACACAGCCCGGUAAGCUCCCCUCGGAGGGAGGCCAGGCUGCCUCUGACCCUGACCAGAUCAGAUCGCCAAAUCCCGUUGCCUAGAGAUCUCACCCCAGGCGUUCCCUGCACCGCCACCGCCCCGUGGUCCAUUAGCCCUGUCCCCUCCCACAGGGCAGGACCACACCCACUCAGACACCGGACACCAGGCUAGUCUGUUACAGUAAGAAAAGCUUUAUGAAAAUUUAAAUAUAUAAAACAAGGCCAGAGACGUACAAUGAAGGCAGCUUCCCAGCAGCACGCCGCCAGGCCCCUGACCUGGGCAGUUAGACACAAGUUAACUGCAGGGUCCGAGCCUGCCGGUGAGGCCACUGUCACUCGGCUUUGCAGGCUUGGGGCCUCAGCGUGGAAUCCCACAAGCAGAAUUCAUCUGUGCACUGUCGAGUAAGGACCGGGUCUGGGAAAGGGUUUUUCCAAAGCAGUGAGCCAAGGAGGCUGGUGGAAACGGUUUGGGAAGGGUCUGCAGAUCCAACAGCCCUCCGCAGAGCCGCCCUCCUCCCCGCUAGAGCUCUGCGGCCCACUGCAGCUAUACCCCUUCCCCUCGACUUCUGUCCCAGAAGCAGGUUGAAGAAAAAUCCUAUCUGGUUCCGACGUGAGUGGGCUUCAGCUCAGGGCCAGGGAGCUCCACUUGCAGAGCGAGGUGUAAGGGCCCUCAGGAGCUAAGCAGGGUCAUCUCCACACCGUCGGGGGCCCUGCCGUUGCCCACGAGGCCCUGAGCCCACUUGUGCAGGCGGCUGUAGAGCGGGAGGCCCUGGUUCUCCCGGUACAAGUAGACCCCAGUGAUGGCGUUCCAUUGUGGCCGCGGCUGUGUGCCCUCAACCGGGAACUUGGCAGCCAGCUCCUCAUCGUCCUUGUUGAGAGCCACGAAGCCGAAGAAGCGGCGCACGUUGUUGGCAGCCAGCACCCUGGAGUGUACCUCUGCUGUGCGCUGGAAGAGCUGGUCCUCGUUCGCCCGGUACUGUGCCCAGUAGGCCUCCUGGCGGUAGCUGAGUGGCGAGCAGUAGUGCUUGAGGCACUUGGUCAGGAACACCAGGAUGGCCACCACACCGAUGAGCAGCCACCCAAAGAGCUGGCCGGAGGACAGGCAGGGUCAGGAGGGGCUCCCCACCCACACAGGAGGGGGCAGGCCCCGACCUCUUGUUCCUCCCUGUUACUUGCACUUGUCUUGGCUUUUUUAUUAAAUUACUUUGUUUUGA